GCCUCUCUGUGUUCUAACAGCGCCCCCUUGUGUCUGUUUUUCCCCCUCCCUCUUGCAGCCAGGUGGGGAAGACCUCUUUGAUCAUGGCCCUGGUGGGUGAGGAAUUCCCAGAAGAGGUGCCCCCACGGGCAGAAGAGAUCACGAUCCCAGCAGACGUCACCCCCGAGAAGGUCCCCACCCACAUUGUGGACUAUUCAGAAACGGAACAGACGGAAGAAGAGCUUCAGGAGGAGAUUGCCAAGGCGAACGUGGUCUGCAUGGUGUACGAUGUGACGGAGGAGUCCACCAUCGACAAGAUCCGGACGAAGUGGAUUCCCAUGGUGAACGGCAGUGCUGAAAAGGGCUCCAGGCUCCCCAUCAUCCUCGUGGGAAACAAAUCGGACCUGCAGACGGGCAGCUCUAUGGAACCCAUCUUGCCCAUCAUGAACCAGUUCUCGGAGAUCGAGACCUGCGUGGAGUGUUCAGCGAAGAACCUGAAGAACAUCUCUGAGCUCUUCUACUACGCCCAGAAGGCUGUUCUGCACCCGACGGCCCCGCUUUACGACCCGGAGGACAAACAGCUGAGGCCGGCGUGCGCACGAGCCCUCACUCGGAUCUUCAAUAUGUCUGACCAGGAUAACAACCAGAUCCUAAGCGACGAGGAGCUGAAUUAUUUCCAGAAGUCCUGCUUUGGGAAUCCGUUGGCCCCGCAGGCACUGGAGGACGUGAAGAUGGUGGUGUGGAAAAACACAACGGACGGAGUCCAAGACAACGGCCUGACGCUCAAUGGCUUCCUCUUCCUCAAUACCCUCUUCAUCCAGAGGGGGCGCCACGAGACCACGUGGACCAUCCUGCGUCGCUUUGGCUACGACGACGCUCUGGAGCUGACAGAUGACUAUCUGUGUCCGCCGAUCCGGGUGCCCCACGACUGCUCCACCGAGCUCAAUCACUUUGGCUACCAGUUCUUGCAGAAGUUUUUUGAGAAGCACGACAAGGACCGCGACGGAGCCCUCUCCCCUGCGGAGCUGCAGAGCUGCUUCAGCGUCUUCCCCUACAUGCCCUGGGGGCCCGAGCUCUACCACACGGUAUGCACCACUGACAAAGGCCUGCUUUCCCUGCAUGGAUUCCUCUGCCAGUGGACGCUCGUGGCCUAUCUGGACGUCCAUCGGUGUCUGGAACACCUGGGUUACCUGGGCUACCCCAUCUUCUCUGAGCAGGAUUCUCAGGUUCAUGCCAUCACAGUGACCCGGGAGAAAAGGACCGAUUUGGAAAAGGGCCAGACGCAUCGAAACGUUUUCCUGUGCAAAGUGAUUGGGUCCCCGGGAGUCGGCAAGUCGGCCUUCCUUCAGAACUUCCUUGGGAGGAACCUGGUGGCCCAAAAGAAGUCCCCCGGUGGGCAGACGGCCUAUACAAUCAACACAGUGCAAGUCAACGGCCAAGAGAAGUAUUUAAUACUGCAGGAGAUGGAGGCAGAGGUGGAGUUCACAAAGGUGUCCGAUGCCUCUUGCGACGUAGCCUGCUUGCUGUACGACGCGACAGACUACAAGUCUUUCAACUACUGUGCCAGUAUUUAUAAGCAACACUACAUGGACGGCCAGAUCCCUUGCCUCUUCGUGGCCGCCAAGUCGGAUCUACCGCAGACGUCGCCACUACGGGGCUUCUCGCCAGCCGAGUUCUGCUACAAGCACCGCCUCCCGCCGCCACUCCAUUUCACCUGCAAUGCCCACGGUGCCCCCAACUCCGCCAUCUAUGCCAAGCUGGCCACAGCCGCUACCUUCCCGCACCUGAACGACAUCGACUUGGGAGCCGCCUCCUUCUGGAUCCGGGUGGCCUUGGGGGCCACGGUGGCCGCCGUGGUCGGGGUCACUCUCUACAAGGCCAUGGCAAAGAACAAGUGAUAGAAGAAAGGGAGCUGGAGCCCUCCACUGUUCCUCUGCCCGUCUCGGGAAAAAACGGCUUCGUUUCUCCCGGACGAGAGGGAGAAAUGGGGAGGGAGAACUUGAUGGGAACUGGAAGAACUAACUCAUUUCCCCUACCCCCCCUCCCUUUCCUCCGCACCACCGCGGUGGGAGCAGGAAGACCACCCUAGCACCAGCAGAAAUAGCCAACGAGUCGUGCUGCUGGCGGGGGCAGAGGCUCGUCUUCAUUUCCAUCUCCCCUGUAUCUUUCCCACACUCAGGGAGUGCCCCCCAUACACAACCUUACCAGCGCUUCAGGUACCCCGUAAUACACUCUGCUGCUAGACGCAUCUCGA